UGGGCCGAACUCUCAGGGCCUGCUCGGUAAUCCUACUCCUGCAGGCACACCAUCUCUGUCCCCCCACUCCAAUCCUUCAAUUACAGGCGCCUGGGGGAGGAGGAGGAGCGAACGCUGCUUCUCCUCCUCUCCUCCCCUGCCCCCCACAACAACCUCCAACCCGCAGUCUCCGCGGCUGCGCAGCCUCAAUCCCUGCGGCGCCAGCUCUGCGGUGCUCCGCAGGGUCCUGUUGGGGGAGGUGGGCGGCACGCUCUCCGUUUCACCAGGAUCACCAGGGCUGCUGAGACGUGACCCUUCCUCACCGCCCAGCGUCUCCGCCAUCGCUGAGGUCGCAGUUUCUCCCAAACGUAACCGAACAGCUCAGGGCCUUGUACUGAACUGACUGGAGUUCACUGAGGGGCUGUACAGGGAUCCUCCCGUGUCUGCUACCCGGGAGCAGAGCUUACAGUCCUCAGGUGCCCAGUCCUGUGCCUGGGGGACCCCACAGGACGCUGCAGCAGGAAGAGGGGGAGCCUGUUGAGAAGCCCCACUUCCUGGGGAGAUGCAAAGCCUCAGCCCUGAGCAGACGCGGGCGCUGCUGAAGCCCGAGAUGUUGACCAUGCUGUUGCCUCGGGACAGCAGGGCCUGGGAGAAGCCAACCCGCUCCGCCUUCACCGACGACUGGGAGGCUGUGGAGGUCGGGGCUGCCGGCCGCGACAGUGAGGAGAAAGAUCCAUCUCCUCAAGAGACUGGGCUUUCUCAAGAAUGGAGCUCAGUGGAGGAAGAUGACGAGUCAGAGGACUCCCAGGGCUUUGUGGAGUGGUCAAAAGCUCCACAACAAACGACCAUAGUCUUGGUAGUGUGUGUGCUGUUUUUGUUUUUGGUUUUAACGGGCAUGCCUAUGAUGUUUCACAUUUAGCUUUAAUAGUAGCUAUGUUUUGAGUAUUGACCCUGUGCCAUGCUAAGGACACGUCCUGGCUAAAACUCAAGAAUGGGUAUUGAAUGUUUUCAAAUGCCUUUCCAACAUCCAUUGAGAUGGUUUCUUUUUUUUAUUUAUUUAACUUUUUAGUAUUUAUUGUAUUCAUUCAAAUGAAGACAUCAUUGAUUGUAAAACAUAUUUUGUAUUUUAUUUUGUAUGCUGCCAAGAAAGAAAAAUGUUAAUUAAUUGUAAGAUACCACAAGUUGAAAGAUACUUUCUAAUUUCAGAGAAAGUGAAAAAAAAGUACAAUUUAUGAUCAAUGAAAUCUGGUAGAUUUCUGCAUAUCACAUCACACCCAUAUUCUCAGGAUUGACUUUUCUUUCUUGAUAUCUUACAUAGGAUUUUUGUCUCUAUGUUCAUAUGUGAGAUUGGUGCUAUCUUUGUGAAGUCUUGGUAUCAUGGCUAAGCCUACAUUGGAGAAAGAUUUGAAUUUAACUUUUACCUUUUUCUGUGCUUUCAACUAGUUUUUGUAGCUUGACAAUGAUCAAGUCCUUGGCAGGUGGAAAGAAUAUGCCAGUAAUGAGGUGCAAGAUCCAUGAAAGGGAAGUUUCAGCUAAUUUCUAGACAGUGUUCUGACCCAUGUUAUAACCCAUGUUAUUAAUUAUAACAUAUAGUUAUUACUAUAGCUAACUGUGUUAUGUUCUCAAUUCUUUUUUUUUUUACUUCUUAGAUUUAUUUGGAUAAUUGAAGAUGGCCUUUUAUCACUUAGAGAGUUCUUCAUUAUAUCUUUUAGUGUUAUUAAUUUAAUUACUCAUACAUAUUAAAAUUAAAAUAUAUUUUCUUUAUUUUAUCUCUAUUUUCCUUUCAACUUGUUUGUGAUUCACUCAUCCCUUGACUUAUAGUUUUAUCUGGUUUAUUGUUGGUUUUGAAAGAGCCAGUGUUAGGACAUGUUUAUAUCCAUUAUAUCUUUUACUUGACAUUUGUUUCUCUUUUAUAUAUUGCUUAUUUCUUAUUACUUUUAUUUCCUGUCUCCAUGUUUAAGAUGGAUACUUGAUUUGUCUUCUUUAUAUUAGCAAUACUUGAUAAUAUAUUUGUAUUAGCAUACUUGAUAAUAUAAAUGUCCUUUUGGAUAUAUCCUUGGCCAUAUCUUAAUCUGUAAUAAUUUAUAUUCAUGUUUGUUGUUUAUUUAUUUUUUUUGUAGCAUUUCUUCUACAGAAUGCCUCAGAGCCUAGUGAUUUUAUUUGUUUCUUUUUCUGGUUAAGAAUAAUCUAUUUCAUGUUUUACUGCAUUGUGAAUGUGGCCUAUAAUACAUCUGCUUUCAAAACAACCUGGAAAGCUUUCAUUGUGGUGAAGAACUGUCCACUUUUCAUAGCUGUGUCCUGGUCAUUUACGAUGAACUUGCAUAUGUAUUCUUUGUAGAAAUCAAAACUCCGUAUGUCUGAGAACUCAGUUUCAUUCAUUACACUGCUCAGUGUCAUGUGCUGUUCAACUUCAGCCUACUGCAUCUGUCAAAAACUAAUAUGAUUAUGUAAAAAAAUCUGUCGGUAUGAUUUACCAAUGUAUUUUUUAUAUUUGUAUUGUGUAUCCAAUAGUUGUAUUAUUCAAUGCUGAAUUGUUACAACUUGCCAAUUUUAUGACAUAUGUAAACCACCAAGCACAGUUCCAGGUAUACAGUAAGCACUCAAUAAACAUUAGUUAAAACCUGA